GAUGGAGUUCUGUGGUGCGGGCUCAGUGACCGACCUGAUCAAGAACACCAAGGGCAACUCGCUGAGGGAAGACUGGACCGCCUACAUUUGCAGAGAGAUCCUCAGGGGGCUCACUCAUCUCCACCAUCACAAAGUCAUCCACAGGGACAUCAAAGGCCAGAAUGUGCUGCUAACAGAGAACGCUGAGGUCAAACUAGUGGACUUCGGUGUGAGUGCACAGCUGGACCGCACCGUGAGCCGCAGGAACACUUUCAUUGGCACCCCUUAUUGGAUGGCACCAGAGGUCAUUGCUUGUGAUGAGAAUCCUGAGGCCACAUAUGACUAUAAGAGUGACCUGUGGUCGUUGGGAAUCACAGCCAUUGAAAUGGCUGAAGGAGCCCCACCCCUUUGUGACAUGCACCCAAUGAGAGCCCUGUUUCUGAUCCCUAGAAACCCGGCUCCCAGGCUCAAGUCCAAGAAGUGGUCUAAAAAGUUCCAGUCAUUCAUUGAGAGCUGUCUGGUGAAGAACCACAACCAGAGGCCCAGCACAGAGAACCUCAUCAAACAUGCCUUCAUUCGAGAACUGCCCAAUGAGAGGCAAAUCCGCAUCCAGCUCAAGGACCACAUCGACCGAACCAAGAAGAAGAGAGGCGAGAGAGAUGAGACUGAGUACGAGUACAGUGGGAGUGAAGAGGAGGAGGAGGAGCAUGACAUGGGAGAACCCAGCUCCAUCAUCAACAUACCAGGAGAGUCCACUCUAAGGCGGGAUUUCCUACGCCUGCAGGUGGCCAAUAAGGAACGAUCAGAUGCCCUGCGCAGACAGCAGCUGGAACAACAGCAGAACGAAGGACACAAGCACCAAUUACUGGCAGAGAGACAGAAACGCAUCGAGGAACAAAAGGAACAGAGGCGCAGGCUAGAAGAGCAACAGCGGCGUGAGCGUGAGCUCAGAAAGCAGCAAGACAGAGACAGGCAUCGCUUUGAGGAGCAGGCCCGUCGAGAGGAGGAGAGGAGACAGGCCGAAAGGGAGCAGGAGUAUAUCCGUCGUCAGUUGGAGGAGGAACAGAGACAGCUCGAGAUCCUCCAGCAACAGCUCUUGCAAGAGCAGGCGCUCCUACUGGAGUAUAAACGUAAACAGCUUGAGGAACAGAGACAGGCAGAGAGAUUGCAAAGACAGCUCCAUCAGGAGAGGGCUUACCUUGUCUCUCUCCAACAACAGCAACAAGACUCCAGACCUGCAGAGAAGAAGCCACUUUACCACUACAAAGAUGCCGUUAACCCCAGCGACAAACCUAACUGGGCCAAAGAGGUCCAUGGCCGGCCCCUAAAAAAGACCCGACCCAUCAACCACAAGCCUUCCUCAUCCCCUUCCUGUCAGCAGCACCCCACCCAAUGGACCCCCUCAGCCCCCACUAAACUGAUUCUCCCUAUUAGUGAACAGAUCUCACAGCAUUUACUCCACCAGAAGCAGCCAAUCAUCCAUGUCUCAGGCCAGCAAGAGAGUCGAGAGAACAUUAGCCAGCAGGUGCGCCAGCUUAGGGCCUGCCAGAAGGCCGGGGAGAAGGUCCACGAUCGCAAGCCCAACCCAGCGGUCACUAAAGUGGUUGAGGAGCGCUCCAAACUGAACCGCCAGAGCUCUCCUGCCCUGCAGCAUAAAGUGGCUAACCGUAUUUCUGACCCUUCCCUUCCACCACGCUCUGAGUCCUUCAGCAGUGGGGGUAUGCAGCCGGCACGGACCCCUCCUGUACACCGCCCCGUGGAGCCUCAGAUGGCUCAUUUGGUUCCAGUGAGGUCCCAUAGCUCUUCUCUGUCAGUCUCUCAGUCCUUGCAUGAUCAAUCAGCCAAGGGCGUUUCAGCGUUCCAGGAGAGCCUGGUGUCCCAUCGGCUAGAGAUGCCACGGCAGAACUCAGACCCAACUUCAGAGAUGCCCCCUCCGGCCCCCCGCAUGGCCAGUCGUGAGGAAAAACCUGACCGCAGUUCCCCCUGGCUGAGGGAAGAAGACGUUCCUCCUAAGUUGUGCGGUACUACCCAGGUGCCCCAGCGGACCACUUCCAUCUCCCCUGCUCUGAUGAGGAAGAACUCUCCGGGGAACGGGGAGUCGGUUGGAGGGGGGCGGGCAGCCUCUCAGCUCAUCCGCACAAGUAAUCCAGACCUGAGGAGGACGGAGUUGUCUCUGGAUGUGGCUCUGCAAAGAACCGGCAGUAAUGGCUCAUCCAGCUCCAGCACACCCAGCUCUCAGGGUGGCUCCCAGCCUGGAUCCAGUGAGAGGAACCAGCCAAGACGCUCUGGUAAAUCAGAAGGUUCUCCAGUGGCAUUACAGGAGACCUCCAAGCCCUGUCAGGAGGAGGGCAGAGAGGUGAACAAACCCAGUCGACCUACGGAUCUGACUGCGUUGGCUAAAGAACUGAGGGAGUUGCGAAUAGAUGAGAUCAACCGGCCGCCCCUUAAACUGACCGACUACUCCUCCUCCAGUGAGGACACUGAGAGCAGUGAGGAUGAGGAUGGGACUGUGGGGCAUGACGGCACAGUGCCAGUCAGCGACAUUCCCAGGAUCAUGCCCUCUGUUCAGGGAAAUAACGAGUCUUUCACAAGCAGCCACGAGUCCUUCGGUGAUUCCUACAAUAAUGACUCUAAAGAUGGUACCCUAAAAAUGAGAGAGACCAAUGAGAGGCAGCGCUUGGGCCACGGCGAGAGCAACGGUUUCGCAGGCCACGGGAAUCUACCAGACCUGGUGCAGCAAAGUCACUCCCCAUCAGGAACUCCAACAGGCCUUAAUUCCCAGGACCUGGACUCUAUGGAUGAGUUUGGUCUUGGCGGUGGUUCGAAAGCUUCUUUCACUCCUUUUGUGGAUCCACAUGUAUAUCAAACCUCCCCCACAGACGACAACGAUGAGAGCUCAGCGGCCGUGUUGUUUGCUAAUGAGUUGUUGCGUCAGGAGCAGGCCAAACUGAACGAGGCUCGGAAGAUCUCUGUGGUCAAUGUCAACCCCACCAACAUCAGACCCCACAGCGACACACCAGAGAUCCGCAAGUACAAGAAGCGCUUCAACUCGGAGAUCCUGUGUGCUGCUCUAUGGGGUGUGAACCUCUUGGUGGGCACUGAGAACGGUCUAAUGCUGCUGGACCGCAGCGGUCAGGGCAAGGUGUAUAACCUCAUCACUCGCCGACGCUUCCAACAGAUGGACGUGCUGGAGGGUCUAAACGUCCUGGUCACCAUAUCAGGGAAGAAAAACAAACUACGUGUCUACUACUUGUCAUGGCUGAGAAACAGGAUACUGCACAAUGAUCCGGAGGUGGAGAAGAAACAGGGCUGGAUCACUGUUGGGGAUCUGGAAGGCUGCAUUCACUAUAAAGUUGUGAAAUACGAGAGAAUCAAAUUCCUGGUAAUCGCACUGAAGAACUCGGUAGAGAUUUACGCAUGGGCCCCCAAGCCGUACCAUAAAUUCAUGGCUUUCAAGUCGUUCACAGAACUGCAGCACAGGCCUCAGCUUGUGGACCUGACUGUAGAAGAGGGUCAGAGGUUAAAGGUCAUCUAUGGGUCUAGUGUUGGCUUUCACGUCAUAGAUGUGGAUUCUGGAAACCCCUAUGACAUCUACAUACCAUCACAUAUUCAGAGCAGUGUGACCCCUCAUGCCAUCGUGGUGCUUCCUAAGACUGAUGGCAUGGAGAUGCUGCUGUGUUAUGAAGAUGAGGGCGUUUAUGUCAACACUUACGGCAGAAUCACCAAGGACGUGGUCUUGCAGUGGGGAGAGAUGCCCACCUCUGUUGCUUAUAUCCACUCCAACCAGAUCAUGGGCUGGGGAGAGAAAGCCAUUGAGAUCCGCUCUGUUGAAACGGGCCACCUGGAUGGUGUUUUCAUGCACAAGAGAGCUCAGAGACUCAAGUUCCUCUGUGAGAGGAACGACAAGGUGUUCUUCGCCUCGGUCCGAUCAGGCGGUAGCAGUCAAGUUUUCUUCAUGACGCUGAACAGGAACACUUUGAUGAACUGGUGAAGCUUCUGCAGACCUAACACUGUGGAGCCUUUUUCCUGUCUGCAUUGCAUCUGUGAGCGCACGGUACAUUGACACUUUGGUCUGAAAAACAUUAUUAGAAAAAAAUAUUAGAGACUCUGAGGAGUGAGCCUGGAGACAGUCCGUAGGGAGAGCACUGACUCUCUGCACACGGCUCAUGGAGAUGCAGUAUCUGACGUCACCUGCAGUGGCACGCAUUUCCCAGAAGAGGGCGCUGAUUAACUUGAACUCGGUUUUAGACCUUAUUUUGUGGCCUCUGGUAAAGCCUGUUCUUAGGAUCCUCCCCUUUAUGUUCCUGUUUCCUAUUGGUUUUGAU